GCGGAGAAAGCCGUGAGUCCUCUGAGCUGGAAUUUCUGAAAUUCUGCUCAUCAUGGCUUCUAGGCUUGCGGAUUCUGCAGUCCUCUUCAUGGGCUCCCAUCAGAAGCCAAUUCAGAGAAGGAAGGUUACUGCCCAAUGCUUACCAGGCUUAUAUAAUAUAAAGGGGGACAGGCCUAUCCACAAGGGGUUUGGGAAUCAGAGACAUUUAAUGCCAAGGAAGAAAAUUACUGUCAUACAAGCUGUGGCGGUUCCAGUUUCAGCAUCUCCAGCGGACAAUGCCAAGCACCGAAAUCAACUAGCUGAAAACUAUGGGUUUAGGCAAGUUGGGGAGCCGCUUCCAGAAAAUGUUACUUUGAAGGAUAUUAUUGAUUCCCUGCCUAAGAAAGUCUUCGAGAUUGAUGAUGUGAAGGCAUGGAAAUCAGUUAUGAUAUCAGUCACUUCCUACGCAAUGGGGCUUUUCAUGAUUGCAAAAGCACCCUGGUAUUUGCUUCCUCUGGCUUGGGCAUGGACGGGGACUGCUAUCACAGGGUUUUUCGUUAUUGGGCAUGAUUGUGCGCACAAAUCAUUUUCCAAGAACAAAUUGGUGGAGGAUAUUGUUGGAACUCUAGCCUUCUUGCCACUAAUUUAUCCAUAUGAGCCAUGGAGAUUUAAGCAUGAUAGGCAUCACGCAAAAACAAAUAUGUUGCAUGAAGACACGGCGUGGCACCCUGUUUGGAAAGAAGAAUUUGAUUCAUCUUCCCUGUUGCGGAAAGCAAUAAUUUAUGGAUAUGGUCCAUUUCGGCCUUGGAUGUCUAUUGCUCACUGGUUGAUGUGGCACUUUGAUUUGAAGAAGUUCAGGUCAAAUGAAAUAAAGAGAGUGAAGAUAAGUUUAGCUUGUGUUUUUGCCUUCAUGGCAGUUGGAUGGCCAUUAAUCAUUUACAAGGCAGGAAUCAUGGGGUGGAUCAAAUUCUGGUUGAUGCCCUGGUUGGGCUACCACUUUUGGAUGAGUACUUUCACCAUGGUUCACCAUACUGCACCACACAUACCAUUCAAAUAUUCAGAUGAGUGGAAUGCUGCACAAGCACAACUUAAUGGAACUGUUCAUUGUGACUACCCACAGUGGAUUGAGAUCCUCUGUCACGAUAUCAACGUCCAUAUCCCACACCACAUAUCUUCAAGGAUACCAAGCUAUAACUUACGCGCAGCCCAUAAGUCUUUGCAAGAAAAUUGGGGAAAGUAUCUGAAUGAGGCUAGCUGGAACUGGCGAUUAAUGAAGACGAUCAUGACAGUUUGCCAUGUAUACAACAAAGAGGAAAAUUACAUUGGUUUUGACAAACUUUCCCCAGAAGAAUCCUACCCAAUUACAGUUUUGAAGAAAGUUAUGCCUGACUAGGUCCAUCCUGGUUCUUUCUUAUGUAUACUUUAUCUUUUCGUGCCAAAGUAGGCAUGCCAUUCAUUUUCUUUUUACAUCUUUUUUGGGAGGAAAAUAUGGUUCUUCUCUUGUACCAGUUUUGGUAACUGAAGAAAUUUAAGUUUCUAGGAGUUCACUACGUUCCGGGCAAUCAAAUUGCCAAGUUGCGGUUGAUGACAGAGAUGUUCUUUAGUAUGAAGUAAAUAUUUAAGUAUAUCAGAAUAGUCAGAUUCUUAUUAGAUGAUCACAUUGUAAGAGAUAUAUAUAUUUCACAUUGUAAGGUUAUAUA